AUGCUUUCGACUUGGGAGCUGCCGGAAGACGACCCGGAAGGCACCCCCUACAAGCGGGAUGAGGUGCACCUGCAGGGCUUCUUGGUGCCUGGCAGAGUGGAUGUCUAUAAUGCUUUCGGCCAAACUGGACGUGAGAACGCCGCCAUUCUUGGGAGGAGCUCCGAUUUGUUUUUCGACAUGACAACCACGGCUCCUGUCCAAGCUGGCUCUGACCUGGUUCUGCAAGCACGAGGUGCUGGGCCGGAUGGAUUCAAACUGUUCAGUGAAGGAGCAGAAUUAUGGACGCUCGACAGUGAAGGGGUCAACGUGGAAAGAAAACUGGGGCAGUGGUACUGCGAAGACAUGAGGAGUCUCUUUGAUCCGGACAACGAGACUGCCAUGAAUUUGACGAAGGACAUGUAUCUGCCGCAUCGUUCAGCCUGCGAGUGGGACACUACACGUGAAGACCUGGUACGCAAUUUCGAUCGCAGUGAUCCGAAUGCGACUCGGGUGGCGGACACGUUGGUGCUUCGAAUCAACGAGGCAGCGCCGGUCGCCAGCAGUCUCCGGCUGAGGUUUCAGGUACAGACGCCGGAGGACAGAACAAACUUCCUGGAAGAACGCUGGCACUUGACUGUGCAGCUGUACAACGAGAGCACGUCGGUGCUUGAAAUCAUCGCCACCAACGAUGGGGCGCCGGUGCCCCUCUCCGUGGUCACACAAUUGCCCACCGAGCCGACGCCAGAGCCCUCGCAGCUCGCGCCCCUGGCACGGGCUGAGGUGGUCUUCAUGUUGGACCCGUUGGACACUGGUGCCGAGGCUUUUGUUCUCACGGCUCCGCUUGGCUACACCUUCGUUCACCCCUGCCGCGUUCCUUUCCAGGAGAACCAAACCAACAACGUGGACGAGAUGCGCUGCUUGCCACUGCCGGCCGCCAAUGGCCUGAGCCGUGCUCGUGUGGACUGUGAGGUUGAUCCAGCUCUCCGCUUGGUGGCAGGUUUGGGCACAGAGUGCCUUCGUAAUGCACCCACUGUUGUGUACGUGGCGUCGCCAGAGGCAACCGUGCCAGACGCACAGAACGUGUGGUUCGUCGAAGCUGUCGCACUUGUAGGAACCAACUACACUUCGGUAGGGGAUCGGCUUGGAAGAGGGACGUUUACCGGUUUUGAGGUCGUGGACAUGGAGGUUCAGGUGGUUUAUGGAGCCCUUGCCUCGGUGCCAGUGGACGUGGGUGUGGCCUUCACCAGCCGCGUGGAUCUCCCCCGCCUCGGCCAGGUGGUCAUCGAAGGACCUCAGGAUUUGCAGCAGUUCAGCUGCGAAAACAAGCGCGGCCGGGUCUUGCCGGUGUCCCUGGGGCCUCUGGCACGAUGCCAAACAACGUCGUCCUUCCCACCAACGGUGGUUCUUACAUUGAACCAGAGCUUGCCAAGCAGCCUGCACGUGGUCAUCAUACCUGCGGAGACCUCCCGACAGGACCCCCAGCCUUCGCGCAACGUCUUCAACGUCUUCCUCAGAGCUCCCGAUGGCCGGAACAUGGACGUCUCAUUGACAGUUCCGGGUGAGCCGAUAGUGCAAGGCAUCCGAGCCAGCGUUUUACCCUUCUGGUGGACGGAGCUGAGGCAGUACGAUGAUUUCUUCGACGUGACAGUCCCUGUAGAGAUCUUGGACGAUGUCGAUAUCGAUUUGUGGGGCAUCCUCAUCGACUUUCCGAAAGAUCCGGACUUCCAGCUCCAUGCUCUUGACGUUCAGGUUUCUACAGCCUUUGGCGAGGGUUUUUACCUGCAGCCAGUUUCGCCAUUCAUUGGUCAAGCAGGUGGCGGUCGACUGCUGGUGCGGUUGGAUCCCAAUCGCAAGCCUCGCACAGGCAUGUCUCUGAUCCAGUUUCCUGUGACCCGACCGUUCAGCCUGCCACUCUUCAACUUCUGGCGUGUUGCAUUGUGCGGUUCAGCGAUGGGCCCAAACGGUGAAGGCUGCGAGCUCGGUGAGAACCGCGAGGACCGGGGAGCCGCUGUAAUCUGCGUCUUUGCCAACGGUGGUUUCGACCCCUCGGAGCCCAGCAGUGCUCAGGUCUUUCGGGCCACGACGGGCAGUACGUCACGAGUGCAGGCCUGUAAGCUUCGUGGGGCUGCCACUGCACAAGCAGGUCCAAACUCCCACCCGUUUUGCUGCGAAGUUGACACGGCUGUCCCAAGAGCUGUUUCAAAGUUUCAGCGGUCUGUUAUCCGCUCUGACAAUGACUAUCAAUGA